AUGAGCCGGGCCCGGACAGGAGCACCUCUAGAGAGUACCAUGAGCUGGCCGGGCGAGGAAUGGAAGGUGGGUCUGCCGUCCCGGGCCUUGCGGGCCAUCGCCGAGGUGGAGCAGCGGCUGGAGCGCCUGCAAAAGGAGCGGCAGCAGAAGCAGGUGCAACUGGACACCCUGGAGGCCAUGAUGCACAAACAGAGGCAGAAGGUAAUUGCAGGGGCCGUGGGGCAGGGAGCUCGUACCUGGCAAGAGGCUCCCAUCCUCUGGGCACAUCCGCCAUGCAAGGGGUUUCUGUGGUUCCGGCUUGGGGCUCCAUUUGUUAUAAUAACAAUAAUGCAGACCAUCCAAGUGUCCCUAUUCUUCAGGGACAAUCCCGGAUUUACAGAAUGUCCCGCUUUCCCUUAGGAUGUCCCAAUUCUCAUUGGAGAAAUGUUGGACGGUGUGCAGUUAUGCGACCCCCGAGCCAAGGAGAUAAGUAACUAUACAACCUUUAAAAGACAUCUGUUUUUGUUUUUUUUAUAAGAUAUUUAUUAAGAUUUUCCAAAUGAUACAAUAUAAAAAUGAAAAAGAAAAUACAAAAUAAAAAUGAUUAAAAACCACUCAAUUUUUCCAUUACUUAUUUUUCCUUAGCUUGUUUCCCGGACCUCCUCAUACCUCCCUUUUUUGUAUUCCAGUUCAAUUUGUUGGUUCAGCAAAUCCUUACCCUCUUUAUUUAUCCUAAUCUUUGGUCUUAAAAUAGUAACGUUAGCUUUUUACCUAUUAACAACCCAUUUUUCAUAUUCCCUUAAAGCAUUACAGCUGGAAACCACUUAAUUUCUAUCCAACAGCAUUCUAUCAUUCAUUAAUUUUACAAUAUUUCUGUAAAUAGUCUUUGAAUUUCUUCCAAUCUUCUUCCACCGACUCUUCUUCCUGGUCUCGGAUUCUGCCAGUCAUUUCUGCCAGUUCCAUAUAGUCCAUCACCUUCAUCUGCCAUUCUUCCAAAGUGGGUAGAUCUUGUGUCUUCCAAUACUUUGCAAUGAGUAUUCUUGCUGCUGUUGUAGCAUACAUAAAAAAAGUUCUGUCCUUCUUUGGCACCAAUUGGCCGACAAUGCCCAGGAGAUGUUGGACAUAACAUAAUGAUGGCUGACUGGGAACAGUUAUGGACCACAGGUAUCAAGUUUACGGCAUGCAAUGCCCUAAGAGAGAAUAUUAUGAAAAUGAUAUACAGGUGGUACAUGACCCCAGUCAAGCUUGCAAAAAUCUAUCAUUUGCCCGAUAAUAAAUGUUGGAAAUGUAAAGAAACUGAAGGUACAUUCUAUCACCUUUGGUGGACGUGCCCAAGGAUUAAGGCAUUCUGGGAAAUGAUCUAUAAUGAAAUGAAAAAGGUAUUUAAAUAUACCUUCCUGAAGAAACCUUUAAAAGACAUCUGAAGGCUGAAGUAUAGGGAAGUUUUUUAAUGUUCAAUGUUUUAUUAUGUUUUUAUAUAUGUUGGAAGCUGCACCCCAGAGGGGCUGAGGCAACCCAUUCAGAUGUGUGAGGUAAAAUUAUUAUUAUUAUGGAACAGGACAUCCCAAUUUUCACCAGAAAAUUUUGGAGAGUAUUUAUACUCUCCAAAUUUAUUCCUUGUACCCCGCCUGUCUGACUGGAUUGCCCCUAGCCACCCUGGGUGGCUUCCAACAGAGUAUAGAAGAACACAACAAAACACUGGACAUUAAAAACUUCCGGAUACAGUGGUACCUUGGUUUAAGAACAGCUUAGUUUAUGAACAACUUGGAUUAAGAAUGCUGCAAACCCAGGAGUAGGUGUUUUGGUUUGUGAAUUUUGCCUUGGAAGCAGAACAUGUUCCGCUUCCUGUUGAGUGUGUUCCAUUUGUAAAUUGAGUCCCCCGCUGCUAUGGGAAAGAACGCCUUGGUUUGAAGAAUGCUUUGGUUUAAGAACGGACUUCCGGAACGGAUUAAGUUCGUAAACCAAGGUACCACUGUACAGGGCUGCCUUCAAAUGUCUUCAGAAAGUCGUGUAGUUGUUUAUUUCCUUGACACCUGAUGGGAGGGUGUUCCACAGGGGAGGUGCCACUACUGAGAAGGCCCUCUGCCUGGUUCCCUGUAACUUCCCUUCUUCAAGUGAGGAAACCACCAGAAGGCCCUUAGAGCUGGACCUCAGUGUCUGGGCUGAACAAUGGGGGUGGAGAUGCUCCUUCAGGUAUACAGGACUGAGGCCAUUUAGGGCUUUAAAGGUCAGCACCAGCACUUUGCAUUAAUCCAGAGGUGGGGAACCUUAGACCUGCGGGCCAAAUGUGGCCCUCAGGCAUCUUUCUCUGGCUUUCAGGAAUCAGGCUGUAUGAUAUACUCGGCUCCACCCCCUCAUUAGUCCUCUUUUUUUUCCUCCUGGCUGGCAUGUGACCCUGAAGUCUGACAAUGCCUCUCGCUUGUGUGGCUGGAAGAUAGAGGAAAGUGUGUGUGUGUAAGGUAGCAGGGGUUUUUGUGGCCCUCGAUCUGAAAAAAAAAAAAUUCCCCAUCCCUGAAAACUUUCAAAUGUACACAGUUUAUUUGUAUGAGCACCUGGGUCAGGGGUCUGCAACCUUUAAGACAAAAAGAGCCACUUGGACCCGUUUCCGAAGGAAAAAAAACUGGGAGCCGCAAAACCAUUGCGACAUAAUCAGUGCCUGAUGUAAAUAAUAAUUAAUAAUGAGGGCCCAAUGUCAUCCUCGUCAUUAUAAAAAUAACUUUUUUGUCACUUUUUUAUUAUUUCUUUGUUUGAUCCCUCAGAAUUACUCCUCCUCAUAGAAAUAAACGUUAAAUUAACAUGUUACCUUUUUGUGUGUGUGUGUUCUUCACUCCCCUUCAAAACAGUGACCAGCGUACAUGCCCCUUACAAUGUAGUAGUGACCACCAUACAUGCCCCUUACAAUGUAGCGGGCGGGCGGGAAGGUGACGUCGGGACGGUGCGUGACUAACGCACGCACCGCCCCCAUGCGACGUCACAGCCAGUACAGCGCCCGCCACAGUGGGGAGUGUCGGGGCGCACAAUGCGCCUCCUGCCCUCGCUAGUAUCCGCCCCGGAGCCGCGGCAAAGGUGUAAAAGAGCCACAUGCGGCUCCGGAGCCGCGGGUUGCCGACCCCUGACCUGGGUCAUGAAACUGAUACAGUGCUUUUUGGGUGUGCUUCAGAGCUAUCCUUACAACAACCCUGUAAGGUAGAACAACAUUUCCCUCCUCCCCUUUCACUGCAGACACGCUGCAUAGAGUUCCUAGCCCAGGGUGACCAUGUGUCCUACUUUAAAGAGGAUGGUCCUCUGUUCCGUUUAAAGACAAAAGCCCUAAGAACAAAGAGCACUUUGGAGGUUACCUAUCAAUAGCCAGCAACUGAGCAAGCCACCUUCAAGACUGCUGGGGUGCUGAGGCUAAUAAUUUGCUUCUAAUCUCCUGUGAGCUAUGAGUGAGCUGAUAUUUGAACCAAAUGUGAAACUUAUACCAUUAACCCAGCCUUUGCCAACUUGGUGCCUUCCAGAAGUUGUUGGACUACAACUCCCAUCAGCCCCAGAAAGAACUGAUGGGAGCUGUACUCCCAACAACCUGUGGAGGGCACCAGUUGCCGACAGCUGCAUUAACCAAUAUGCCGUCUUGGCUCUUACUCUGCAUAGUGCUUAUGUAUUGCUGUUCCCAUUUAUGGUGCAUGUACUAUCUCAGAGUCCCUGCAAGGUCGGCCAGUGUGGUUAUUGCCCCAUAGCUCAGGGGUAGAGGAUUAAGCCCAGGCCAAUCGCAGGUCCAUGGCUGACUGGAGAUUGGUAGUCAGCAAAAAAGGAGGGUAUGAAUCUUUUAAGUUUUUGAAAUUUAUCAAAAAGCAAGCUUCUAGCCCUUGUGAUACUGGAGAAAAACUCAGGAAUAUUUCUAUAAUCUGUUCUUUCUUGGCAAAUAAAAAACCAGACUGCAAGCUGGGAAGAAGCACUGGAAGUGCAAUAAACCAGGGGAAACAAUGCAGUAUCUAUAUAUGGGUCAUGAAACUUGAUUUUUUUAGUGCGGAGUGUUCAGAAUGUACCCAGCGGAAUCACAUUUUGGAGCAAGGAAUAUCACUACAGUAUAUAGGCAGGAUGUGCAGCAGGAGUAGGGAACCUUUUUCAGUCCAAGAUCCACAUUCCCUUCUGGCCAACCUUCUGAGGGCCACAUGCUAAUUGUGGGUGGGGCCCUAGGCAAAAGUGGGUGGAGCAAGGAAUGCAAAUAUUACAUACAACCCUACACACCUUUCUGCGCUCCAUCCAGAGAAGCAAGAGGCACGAUCAGAGUUCAAGGGCACAUUCCAGGCAGGCAAAAACGAGCUCUGUGUGUAUGCAAAGGAUGGGUAUGUGGCCCAGAAAGAUUCCUGAGGGCCAGAUAAAGAGCCCUGGAGGGCCAUAUGUAUAACCAACAUUGGUUUGCAUCCAACAGAGUUUUCAAUAAACUGAAAUUGGGUGAUGCAUUUUCAUUCAUUUCGACAGGUCUCCUCUGAGCAGGGCUGGAUUGGAGCUGUGAUUCCUCCAUUGGCGGGGGCUGGACUAGAUGUCCCUUGGGUCCCUUCUAUGAUUCCGUGGACACAAACCACACUGCGAUUUUUUUGGUUUUGUUUUAAUGCGGCUCAUCUCUCGCUGUUCUUUGCAGCACGAAGAGGAACGGGCCUCAUGGGCCCUUCUCUCUCAGGAGAACCGGAGUCUGGCCGAGGCGUGUGAGCAAGUGGAGCGUAGCCGUCAGCGGUUGGCGCAGGAGCUGCAAGCCAAAGAAGCCCAGCUGAGCUGCCUGGAGGCUCAGCUCGCUCAGGCGACCCGACGCCAAGCGGAACUGGAAGAAGAGCUGCGUAGGUACAGUGCAGGAAACGUAGCUGGGAUUCGUGGGGUCGGUGGGAUUGGCGUCACAAGGACAGAGACGAAAGCAGCAGUCUGUGCCCCACAGGUUUGCAGGCUUGUCAGGUGGAAGCAGAAUUCAGUAGCCAGGGGCAGGGAUCCUAGGAACAACUUUUAAAAUAGCAAAACAAGUUUCUAGACCUGAAGGCCAAGAGGGAAGGGGGGGUGCAAUGCUUGAUGAAAGGACAGGGCUUCAGUGUCCUAGACAGGCGUUUGCUGUGCCUGGUGCUUACAGGAGCUGAAGAAAUUAUAGCACAGUCAGCAGAUAUAUGCAGAUUAGUUUGAUUUCCAUAAAUCUGUGCAGGUAGCAAAAUCUCUGAGCUUCCUUUGGUAAUAAAAGCUGGCAUUUGGAGCAUGCAAAAUGCUCUGUCUACAUUUGCUCAGUAAGUCUUACAACAACCCUGUAAGGUAGGACAAUGUUAACCUCUUGAAUUAUGGAUCAGGGUGGGUGGGGAUUAAAAUGGAAAACAUGCAGCCAAGCACCCUGUUCUCAACAGUGGCCAACUAGACACCUCCGGGAAGCAGGACCUGAGCACAACAGCAAACUUCCGGAUUCCCGGCAAUUGGGAAUCAGAGAUAUACGUCUCCCAACAGUGGCAUAGCCAUUGUGGCUAGUACCCAGUGAUAGCAAUGGGUUUGUCUAAUCCUCUUUUAAAACCCUCGAAGCUGGUGACUACCACAAAACCUCCAUUCAUUCAUUCAUUCAUACAUUCAUACCCCACCCAUCUGAUUCAGUUGCCUUAGCCACUCUAGGUGACUUCUUUGUCAAGGACAAAACAUAAAGCCUGAUGGAGAGUUUAUACCCUCCAAAAUUUCUCCAAUGAAAACAGUGACGUCCUAUUCAAUAAUAAUAAUAAUAAUAAUAAUAAUAAUAAUGUUACUAUUUAUAUCCCACCCAUCUGAUUGGAUUGCCCCAGCCACUCUGAGUGGCUUUCAACAUAUAUAAAAACACAAUUAGACAUUAAAAAACUUCCUGAUCCAGGGCUGCCUUCAGAUGGCUUGGGGGUCAGAUAACUCCGUAACCUCCAACAUUUCUCUGAUGAAAAUAGGGAUGUCCUAAGGAAAAGCAGGACAUUCCGGGAUUAAAUCAGAAACCGGGAUGGCUUUUGUAAAUCUGGGACUGUCCCUGAAAAUAGGGAUACAGUACUUGGAGGGUCUGAGUUUUUGAAGGGAUGCUUUGCUAUCCCGAGCCAAAUUCCAAUGUACUCCUGCCAACCUAGCAGUUCGAAAGCACGCCAAAGUGCAAGUAGAUAAAUAGGUACCGCUCCGGCGGGAAGGUAAACGGCGUUUCUGUGCGCUGCUCUGGUUCGGCAGAAGUGGCUUAGUCAUGCUGGCCACAUGACCCGGAAGCUGUACGCUGGCUCCCUCGGCCAAUAAAGCGAGAUGAGCGCCGCAACCCCAGAGUCGGCCACAACUGGACCUAAUGGUCAGGGGUCCCUUUACAUUUUAAUGCCCCUAAACAAAAUACGUUAGGUCAGCAGAUUCGAACUGCUUAAAUUCUAUUUUCCUGGAUCAGUUCUUUAUUUGGAACACCCCAUGAAACAUUAAAAAAAAAAGCUGGUCCAUUCCAUUAGCUGGAGUAAAAAGUCACCCAGGUACAGGAUCUCGCUGCAGACUGGUACACACAGGUACACUGCCUAUGACUGUGGAGGAUCUUCUUUCUCCUGUUUCCUUCCCUCUGCCUCCCUCCAGGUGCCAAAUCGAACUGGACAAGCUGCAGUCGCAGUCCCACUUGGCCCUCCUGCCCCCCCGCUGGGGUUCCUCCACGCAGUGGGCCGAAGGUAAGAAACCGGAAGAUGAGGAAAGGGCACAGGGUCCUCUUAGGCCAAGCCAGUGGGCAAGAGGCGCCUCUUCCUACGUCCGGGGAUUAGAGGCUUUGCCAGAUGGAGGUGGAAUUAGCGGCUGAAGAGUCACGGGAAAGAGUCAAGGCAGCGUCUGUGACUUCGUGGUGGGGGGGGUGAGGGAAAAGGAGGGGUUGUCAGUUGAGGGAUUUAGAUUUAUUUAGGGCAUUUGUACCCCCCCCUUCAUCCCAAAAGGCUCCUACAAGGGCCGUCCCUGCCCACAGGCUUACAAUCUGAAAACAAGACAAAACACGACACACAAGGGAAAAGGGACACGGAGGGAAGAGGAAAAUCAAAACUCUGGUGGCUUGGAGAUGGGGUGGUAGUCCACAGCGGAGUGGUUUUGCUCGUGUCUAUAUACCGUGUUUUUUGCUCUAUAAGACGCACUUUUUCCCUCCUAAAAAGUAAGGGGAAAUGUGUGUGCGUCUUAUGGAGUGAAUGCAGGCUGUGCAGCUAUCCCAGAAGCCAGAACAGCAAGAGGGAUCGCUGCACAGUGAAAGCAGCAAUCCCUCUUGCUGUUCUGGCUUCUGGGAUUCAGAAAUAUUUUUUUUCUUGUUUUCCUCCUCCAAAAACUAGGUGCGUCUUAUGGUCUGCUGCGUCUUAUAGAGUGAAAACGUCUUAUAGAGCGAAAAAUACGGUAGCCUACUACCACAGGUAGGCUUUAUUCAAUCUGCAGACCCAAAUUGGUUCCCUGGGCAACCAGUUCUCCCUCUGUUCUCUAGGUGGCAUCGAGGCCAAAGCAGAGCUUAGCAGGACCCUUGCAGCCGGAGCAAGUGUGAGUAUUGCUUUAAUGUGGCUUUGGAACAGCUGGUGCCCUCCAGGCUUUAGGACUCCAGCUCCCAUUAGCCAGCGCUGGCUGAAUCCGAUGGGACUUGUAGUCUAGGCAUAGCUGUCAAGUGUCCCUUAUUUGAAGGGACAGUCCCUUAUUCCAGCGCCAUGUCCCGCUGCUGUCCCUUAUUGAUGGAUGUCCCUUAAAUGUCCCUUAUAUUUCAAAGGAAGCAGUGCCUCUCCCUCCCUGCCUGCCAGCCAGGGAGGAGGGAGGCUCCAACUGUGUUGCUUGGCUGUGUUGCUCACCCAAUAAGAAGUCUAAGAAUGACGGGGGGUGGAGCUUGCAUGCCUUGUGUGUGGCUAGUUAAUGCAAGCUGAGGGGGUUUUUGAAUGCUGGACGCCAUUUUGUUGCACGUGCUGCUGCAAAUUUUGCAGUGCAAAGCCAGGCCGGGGAGCCAUCUUAAGUUGAGGCUGCAUAGGCCUUGUGGUGCAUGUGAUUCAGAUUCUAUUCAGUUGAACCUCUGGUUACAAAGUUGGUUGGACAGUGUUCUCGAAGCUACCCAGCAUGAGUUUGACCAGACUGCAGGAGGACAGGAAGACUGGAGUGCCUGGAACAGGUGAGGCUGCAGGUCCCUUAUUUUGGCUGCUGGUCCCUUAUUUUCAGAUCUGUAAGUUGACAGCUAUGAGUCUAGGACACCUGAAAGGCAUCAGAUUGGCAGAGUCUGCUUUUAAAGCUGGUCUUGGACCAUGAGACCUUCUCUUACUCCUUCCCCACUUUCCAGCAGAUUCAGGACAGCAGCCCUGCCGUCGGAGGCCCCUGCGGGAAGGAGAGCCCCACCGCCUCCUGGCAGCAAGAAGCGGCUUGUCCCAGUGCCCCACCCGGGAGCCCCAUCCCCACAGAGAAUGGCGAAGGGGCCCAGGCGAUGGCAUCAGAACUGGCAUCCAUGGGAGAGAGGCUCGAGAAAGAAAAUCAAGGUAUCGGAACGUGGUCUGUAGGUUUUUAAAAACCCUGCGGCCCUCAGAAUUCCGCCCGGCCCUCAGAACUCUCCCCGGACCACAAUUCUCCCUGGCCUUGCUGGGAAUGUGUGAGGCUUACCAUGCAAACGCAGCGUUUGCAUCAUUGCUCCACCCACUUUAGACUCUGGUCCUGCCCACCACGUGGCCCUCGGAAGGGAAUGUGGCCCUCAGGGUGGAAAUGGUUCCCCACCAAUGCCUUUCCCCUCCUCUGCCAUUCAGAGUUGAGACUCGCUCUUGGCAAAGCAGAAACCCGGAUGCAAGAAAAGGAAAGGGAACUGUGGAAUUUGCAGGGGCAGCUGGAGCUGAUCCGAGCUGAGCUGGCUCAGUGGAAGAAGCAGCGAGGCGGCCAGACAGAGGUGAGUAGGCAUGAGACUCUAAAUUUCAGGAUCAUGGGUUCGAGCCCCACGUUGGGCCAACACUUUCUGCACUGCAGGGGGUUGGACUAGAUGACCAUCAGGGUCCCUUCCAACUUAAGGUUGACUUAAGGCUGAGCACAUAGCUCUAGUGCCAGCCUUUGUCUAUAUGCCAUGGUGGCCUGCUUGACCAAACCUCUGGUGCUGAGGCUACGGGAGGGGUCUAUGCUACUGUCGCCCUGUUGACCAAACCUCUGGGUCUUGCAAAACCAGGCUGGCAGCAAACUCAUACAUUUUGGUGAGACCCUGGUGGGCCAUAUUGUGGAAGAAACUGGUAGGCCAAAUUUGCCACUUCCACAAAGAGAGGACAGCAGUAGGAGAAAGGGCAGGAGGUGGGUGAUUGCGGCCUAUAAGUAUCUAAAAGGGAAAGGGAAAGGGACCCCUGACCAUUAGGUCCAGUCGUGACCGACUCUGGGGUUGCAGCGCUCAUCUCGCUUUAUUGGCCGAGGGAGCCGGCGUACAGCUUCCGGGUCAUGUGGCCAUGUGGCUUAGCCACUUCUGGAGAGCCAGAGCAGCGCACGGAAAUGCUGUUUACCUUCCCACUGGAGUGGUACCUAUUGAUCUACUUGCACUUUGACGUGCUUUCGAACUGCUAGGUGGGCAGGAGCAGGGACCGAGCAACAGGAGCUCACCCCGUCGUGGGGAUUCGAACCGCCGACCUUCUGAUCGGCAGGCCCUAGGCCCUGUGAUUUAACGCACAGCGCCACCCAUGUCCCUCAUAAGUAUCUAAUCCCAACCAAAUUUAUGCACACAUUUGCGUGGCUCCUUUUAAGAAAUACUAUUAUUAGGCAGAGCUUUUUGUGGGAGGGGUACAUAAAGACAUUAAACCUGCAUGGUUCCAAAAGCGAUAAGGCAUCCUCUUGUCCUCUCCGAGGGGCGCUGUUAAUUUCGCUUUCCAACUGCGCAGGGGGCUUGUGCCUCACCAUAAUGGCCUCAUUUGUCUCCACAAGCAACCCUGUGAGGAGGGCUAUUAAUAUUCCAAAUAGAGGAAGAGUGAUUGCAAUUCUUGCUCUAGCAGCCCCAUCCAAGAGCUGUAAUGGUUGAGUGGGGAUCUGGGCUGAUUUGAAUCCAGGCCUUGCCCUCCCUAGUUUGACUCUUCAAUUCCUAAACAGCUCCUGUGCCCCUACCUGCCUGUCCUGUGACAGUUAGGAGUCCAGGCUUUGUGAUGGCCUGGGACUCGGGCUCGGACUCGGAACCAAGUCUGGGGUCUGGUUCUGAAGAGCCCCAGUCUGCACACGUUCCCCUGCAACAAGCACCAGCCGGGCCGAGUCAGGGGCCUGAGCCUGCCCUGGCUCCAGAUACGGGGAUUACCUCGUUGCCCUCAGCUGGGCAAUCACUUACAGCUGCUCCGCUACCGGUUGGGUCAAGGGAGGCUGAGGUGGCCUCUGGGUCUAGUAACCCACUGGCAUCUCCCGAGCUGCAGAGACUAAGGUCUGAGAGAAGGAGAGACCUGAGUACUUGCAGGAGGAGUGCUUGACUUCGGGCAAGACAGGGAGGUGAGUCGCCGAGGGAUCAGGACCGGCUGUUACCCUGACAAAGCUAAAAGGCUGUUGGACCCUGCCCCAGGUUGCGGGAGCAACAUUGCUGCUUGCUGGAACCUGCCUGAGACCCUGUACCUGACCUAGCCUGGUUUCCUGCCUUGUCUCCUGCCUUGGCCCUGUCGGACUGACUCCUCGUGGACUCCUUGGAUUCGGGACCGGACCUGGACUGCGUUGCUUGGGUUAACCCCUGGGCCCAGCACAGGCUUCCAGCUUGGUGGAGGAGCUUUGAGCUCCACCACCUGUUUUUCAGAAAGAGGCUUGCCUGCAAAGUGUUAGCUCCCCCACCCCCAAAAGUGCCGCAGAUAGGGUGCAUCUAUUGCCCCUCGCUGGGGUAGCAUGGGAGAACUGUAAUUACGAAUUUGCAAAAGGAAAGGAAAGGAUGGAAAUGAUCCCCAAACCACCCCACUCUCUUUUAAAUGAGGCUUCCCCUGCCUUGUAAAAAGAUAAACAAACCCACAUCAUGAAGCUCUGGUCCAUCAGGACAAAUGGGGAACUGCCCCACCAACCUUGGCCUGCCCUCAAGCAGCCCCCACCUGCCUGCCUUCUUUCUUACAGCCAGUCCAGGUGGUGGCCCUGCUUGCCAGAGUCCUCCUCCUUGGUCUCAGCGUUGCCCCUUGUACCUUCAGCAGGAAGGCAGAUAGGGACCAAACUAGCUUUAGUUGAUUCUGCCUGCCAUUGGCUCUGGCGCCACCUACUGCUGGGCUCCCUACCUUCUGCCCUACCGGUUCAAAUGGGCACCAGCUACUGUUGGUGUGAGAGAGAAAGGGGAUCCACAACCACCCCCUAAAUCCUGGCCUCAGCUCUGCGCAAAACCAUGACGAAGCAACUUUGCUGGUUGGGUAUCCCCUCCCCCCUUCCUCAUGCACCGCCUGACAUGUUUUACGAGGCCCCGUGUCCUCGUCGGUUGGCCGGGCGCAAUUAUUAGCACCAUUAAUUAUCGCCUGUGUUUCUUCGCAGGAAACGCUACUGAAGGUAGCAGCCAAUGUUUCCCAUCACCCCCCCAGCCGGCCCCCAAUCUGCCGGUGGAGAGUUUUACAAGGCUGCGGCUCAUCAGCCGAGUGCCUUUUUACAAGCUUCUUCUCAGGAACAGAUCAAGGGAGUCUUGGCAGCGCUGGAGGUUGCAGGGGGCGGGGCGGGGGACGACAACAGGCACUUUUAUGCAAGAUGCUGACUGCAGAGUGGUCCGAUCCAGGCUCUCCAUUGGCUGCAACACCAGGGGAACCAGCAGGGCUUCACAAUUCCUGCCUCUUUGGCUGGCUAGGGAGUGUGUGACCUCCAGGCCUCCCUAUGUGGUCCUCAGGGCUUUCCCCGGCCCAGGCCCCCUCCCAGAGGACACCCCUCACCAGCCUUGCUCCUCGCUCUCCUCAAAAUGGUCCUGUGCUGUGCCCUUGAAUUGUGAUAAUUCUUCAACUGCCUGGCAACAGGGUGGAUAGAUAGAUGUGUAGAUUUGGGGCCUAGACACCUCUGCCUUUACCCUCAUGGCUGUAGCAUAGCCCAUAAUACAAUAACACAUAGGGUGCUAUCCCCUCUUAAUAACAUAAGAGUCUGGCUGCUGGUUCAGGCCAACGGCCCAUUUAUUUCAGCAUCCUUCUCUUCCAAUGGCCACUGGGCUAUUGCUCAGGUGAGGACGUUUCAAGUGGUGGCGCAACGGUUGACAUUUAUUGCCUCCCUCUAAUGGAUUGGAGUUCCUUUCUUUUUCUUCUGUUCCAGAGCAGCUCCCUGGAAAGCAGAGGGAGGCGGCCGUCAGUGGAUGUGGGAGACCUGCGCCAAAGCAGGCACCAGCAAAAGGUGGGCUAAUCUUCCUAACAUAUUGUUGCACCCCCCCCAUCUCUGAAUGUUUCAGGAGUUUCAGGCACUUAUCAAGGAUUCAUGUUUGGUUUUGGAAAUGAGGCACAGCAGAGACCGUGGUGUCCUUAUGAUAGAUGGUUUAUUUCCAUAUAUAUACAAUCCGAGCCUACAGUGGAGGGUUUUACAGCAUUUACACUCCAAUAGGGUCUUGCUUCUCUCAUAGCUGCAGCCUUGGAUUCAAGCAGAAAUCAAUCACGGCUCUCAAACUCACUCUGGCUUGCUGCUUUACUUCCAGGUCACAUCACUGUGACUAAACUCUAACUCUGGCUUCGUCCUUCUUCUAACUAACCAUGAGUUUGCUGUCUUGCACAGAGCCACGUUCCUUUGUUUUCCUUAAUGGCCCAUCUCCCAGGCUAUCGCCUCAACACUAGGGGUGCCAUAUUUCAAAAGUAAAGACCAGGACACCCUGAAAGUUGUUGAGCACUUUUACAAAAAAACCAAAACCCUACGAUUUUUCGAUUGACUUGUCUAAAAUCCAGCACCACAUUUUGGAAAUUCCCCCUGGACGUCAAUUCCGCCUUUGAAAAUCCAGACGUAUGGCAGCCCUACUCAACACAGGCAGCUAGCCUGGCUUAUGUUUUAACGCUUGCUGGAUCCAGGGGUUAGAAAGGUAUUGCACAGAGCCUUUUCCCUCCUCCCCCAAACUCAUAACAAUAUAAUAUAAUACAGUACAUAAUGUAAACCAUACGCAUGUGCUAUGGGCUGCUUUCAAACAGGGAGCUCAGGCAGAACUGCAGUACAAAGAAUCCAUGGGUGCAAAAAGAGCACUGGGACUCAGCCGCGAUUGAUGAUGACGCCGUCACUGAAAUGUCACUAAGUUAAUGGAGACUUGUAGCAGGAUACUGAUCUGUCUCUACAGCUGGGGUGCUUCUGAAUACCAGUUGCUGGAAACCACAAGAAGAGAGAGUCUCUUGUGCUCGAAUCCUGCUUGCUGGUUUCCCAUAGGCAUCUGACGGGCCACUGUGCGACCAGGAUGCUGUUCUAGAUGGGCUCCUGGAUAAGUUACGACUUGGCGGUUUCACACUCUUGUCUCUCUUUUUAAGUUCCUGGCAGUGGCUGUCUAAGGUCCUCUGGCAGAGAGAAUUCCCUUUAAGACCUCUUUAAACUGCGAUUGAAGCAGGAACCUUCUGCAUGCAGAGCAGGUGUUCUGCCACUGAACUGCCGCUUCUCCACGUUUCUGAAUUUUUAAAAAAUGUGCUGGCAACUCCCCAUGCAUUCAAGGCACAGGCAACCGCGCAUGGGCACAUCGCUGCGAACCUGGAAGUGGCACAGAAAGGGGCAAGAGCGGCCCUAAAAGAGUGCGGAAAUGGCAGAAAUGGUGCGAAAACAGCGCCUAGCAAUCCCAGGAGCCUUUGCAAGUGCAAUCCCAGAAGCCUUUGCACUGACCAUUGAGGCCUGUGGAGAGUUGGAGUUAGGUAAAGAGAAUGGGGUUAAUGUCAGACCUGCAGACACUCAUCCUUCCUUAUAGAGAGUCACGAAUAGCUGAAGCCUUAAAAAGGUAAAGGGACCCCUGACUGUUAGGUCCAGUUGUGGCCGAUUCUGUGGUUGCGGCGCUCAUCUCGCUUUAUUGGCCGAGGGAGCCGGUGUACAGGUCAUGUGGCCAGCAUGUCUUAGCCGCUUCUGGCGAACCAGAGCAGCGCACGGAAACGCCGUUUACCUUCCCACCGGAGCAGUACCUAUUUAUCUACUUGCACUGGUGUGCUUUCGAACUGCAAGGUUGGCAGGAGCAGGGACCGAACAACGGGAGCUCACCCCGUCGUGGGGAUUCGAACCGCCAACCUUCUGAUUGGCAAGCCCUAGGCUCUGUGGUUUAACCCACAGCGCCACCCGCUUAGCAAUAUAUUAAAUGGUUCGGUGAUUUGACAGUGUCCGCACUAAAUUUUUUCCUUACAUGUGUCUGAUGUAAGCAUGGAACAACACUCUGCAGGUUUUAUUGGAAUGGCAUUUUACCAUAAAAUUAAUAAAGUACUCUUUGAGUUGUUUUAACUCAGCUCUCCUGCCACGAUAUUUGCAACGAAGGAAAAGGCCACGACCAGAAAAAAAUGGGUGGACCAGAAUAAUAGUCUCCAAGAAAACAACAACCCAGACUCCUUUCUUUUGCCAACUUUCUCUUUUGCAGUGGGGGUAUCGAGGCAGCCGUUGGACAGACAUGGGUGGGGAAACUGGCAUUCUGCCUUGUGCCCUGACCUCUCUGCUCUUAACGCCCACUUUCAAAACAGGGCCUGCUUGGGACAGAAAAGGUGCCCUCUAGUGGCAGCCGUCGUAGCAUAAGCUCCUCCCGCUUGGAGCAGCCAGUUGAGAAAAGGGGAGCUCACACCAAAUUGAAAGGUGAGACUGCACAUGUUUUUGUGUGUGUUUGUGUUAGAUGGCCGUGAUAUAAAGAGCAGUCUGCUUUUGUUUUUCUUUUUGCAAGAAUCGUGAGCCUUCAGUCCUUGUUAUAUUUAUCCCUGGUCAUGGUUCUAUAGAAGUAUGCAUCUUGUAAUUAUAUUUUGUAUGUUAUGUAUAGUAUUUCAUAUACAGUGGUGCCUCGCAAGACGAAAAGAAUCCGUUCUGGGAGUCUCUUCGUCUAGCGGUUUUUUCGUCUUGCGAAGCAAGCCCAUUGACGGGAUUAGCGGAUUAGCGCUAUUAGCGCUAUUAGCGGCUUUUAGCGGCUUUUAGCGGCUUUUAGCGGCUUUUAGCAGCUUAUCAGCUUAUCAGAUAAGCAGAUAAGCGGCUUAGCGACUUAGAAAAAGAGGGGGGAAAGGGAAAAAAAAAACCAGGAACUCGCAAGACAUUUUCGUCUUGCGAAGCAAGCCCAUUGCAGAUUCGUUUUGCGAGGCACCUCCAAAACGGAAAACUCUUUCGUCUAGCGAGUUUUCCGUCUUGCGAGGCAUUCGUCUUGCGGGGCACCACUGUAUUGCAUACCUUUAUGAUAUAUAUAUAUAUAUAUAUAUAUAUAUAUAUAUGGAAUAAUUAUAUUUUGUAUGAAAUGUAGCUUUCAUGUAGGUGUAUGGGUUUUAUCCAGUGUCCUACUCAGAGUAGACCGUUGAAAUUAAUAGAUAUGGCUAUUCAUUUAAAUAAAGUUUACUACAAGCAGAACUUAUUUGGAUUCCACCCUAUUUUGCUUACUGUAUUAUGGCAUUUUUCAGUUGUAGGGUAAUCCCUUGCUACCAAGAGAACACGUUUGCAGGUUAAUAAAGCAAGAAGGUUUUUAUUUUUCUUUAAAACUCUGUUAACUGUGCUGUUCUUUUGUGUUCAUUCCUGGUUAUAGUUAUACUCCAGUUUUUUCUCCUAAGAGCUCAAGAGUUUGUGGUUCUUCUCACUCCCCAUUUCAUAUUCACAACAACUCUGUGAGUUAGGCUAGACUGAGAGACUGUGACAGCCACCCCCCCAAGAUGACCCAGCGAACUUUCAUUACUGGGUGGGGGGAUUUGAACCCUAGUCUCCCAGGUUCUAGUCCAGCACCCUAACCACUGCACCACACUCCUGCUCCAGAUUUUAUUACCUAUACUGUACUAGUUCUAAAGGAGCAGUAGCCCUUUAAACUAGGGAUGUAACCGCAAUCCUAAAUUUGGAUGAUUUAAGGCUACUGAGUUAAUGGAUGACAAACCGGUGAACUGGUUCCCCCACUAACUGUGUUUGAACUCCUCCUGAGUGGGGAGGAACAGAAAUAUUUUUUUCUUUUGAUGGACAGUGUCAGAGGUGAGUGCCGUGUCUGUGUGGCUAUUUAUAAGCGUAAUGCCUAGUAAUAAAAAAUAUGGAAUUGAAAUGUUGUGCAUUCAUAUUCAGAAGUUUGCAUUUGAACUUCCAGGAACUCUAAUUAAAUCAUUUUUUUCUGUUGUCCAGGUGUAAAGAAUUGGAGAAUGGAGGAUUUUUUAAAUUGUAUGUUUCUUUAAAAGAAAUAUAUGGGGCUGGAUUCAAUGAAUGUGUCCCACUAGUGAAAGCUUGCACAAGAGCUUUCACUAGUGCAGUGGGGCUCUCCCCCAUUGGCUCCCUCCUCUGCCCCCCAUGUCCCCCAAGUCUUUGGGGGUUGGGAGACCCCCCCGAAUGGUGGUGGAGGGGGAGAGGGCAGAUCCUUCCACCAGGCAAGCCGAAAUGCUUUUGCUGACAGAGUGAUCUCCUUAGCACUACGUUGAAUUCCUCCCCAACCCAUAAUAUAUAUUUUUUAAUACAAGGGAGCAUUGCAAGCAAGAUUUAUACACAGAAUGGUAGAACAUAAUAUUUUUGCCUCCAGAUCCUGACUCCUGAUUUAGGCACACCUGAAUCAGUUUCUGCUACAUAUGACCGUUACCUCAGAGUAGACCCGCUGAAAUUUUGCUUGCUGCUUUUUCUCUCCACACACCCACCAGCACUAGCAAUCUGCCGUGUGCAGUUCAAUUUUUGUUUUAACUGGGGCUUCUUUCAAAGCACAUUUGAAGCACGCAGCUCCCCCCCCCCAACCCUGGGAACUGUAGUUUGUUAUGGGUGCUGGGAACCACAGCUCCGUACAGGGGCAAACUAUGAUUCCCAUGAUGCUUUGGAAGUGUGCACUAAAAAUCUAAGACCUGACUGACCACCACAGUGCAAAAUUGUGAUUUUAUCUCUUUUAACUACAACAUAUCACUGUUCUCAGGCCUUCUCUUCUCUGCCAUCUCUUUCCUCAGGCUUUCCCUCACCGAGCUCCCGGGCCCAGAGUACGGAGCGGGGCCGGGAGGAACUACAGGCCCUCAGAACCGAGGUUUUGACAUUGCGGCGGCGCCUGGAUGCCUCGGAGAGCCAACGCAAAACCCUCCUUGAGGCUUGCUGGCAGCAAGAGAAAAGCCGGGCCUGGGCCCAGGAGAGGCAGUUGGUCCCAAUGGUGGGAGCGGCGGCCUGGCAAAAGACAAAGGGCUCCCCAGAGAUCCAUGGGGGUUGCCAGGCCCCCAGGAGCAAAGGACAGGCUUCAGUGAUGGCGGCCGGUGGGGAAGUCUCUGUGGCAGAAGAGGUUGUGGCAGAAGAGGUUGAGGAGGAUGGAGGGGCGGUUGAACCCGAGGCUGCGGCAGAGCCAGGGAAGGAGCUGACCUCGGACGUAGAGACGUCUGAAACAGGAGAAGAUGCGCCAGCCACACGGCAGGCCCAUGGGGAAACUGAGGCAGAGAGCCAAGGAGGCAGGACCCCUGACCCGGAGGGGAACGUGGAAGGUUUGCAGGAGGACCCACUGGACUUGGCCUCUGGCAAGGCCCAAGCCGAAGCCCAAGCCAUCUUGGCCCAGGAAAAACUCCAGGUCCUGCAGGCCACGCUGGGGAGGCAGACGGAGCGGUUGGCGCGAGCCAUGGAGACCCAGAGCCGCCACGUGGAGGAGCUGCUGGCGGACGCCGAGGAGAAGGAGCAGCUGAUGAGGAGCCUCCGCCAGGAGCUGGAGGAGACCAAGAAAGCCUUGGAAAUGGCCGACGCCGAGGGCCAGAGGCUGCGGGCUCUGCUGGGGCAGAGGGAGGCAGAGGGGCACCAUGCAGAAAGCCCCUCAAACACCUUGGAGGUGUGCGGAGGCAGCGAGACCUCAGAGGUCCCUCUGGUGUCGGCCCAGCUGCAGGGAGGCAUGUUGAGCAUUGCAGAUGUUGGUCUGCCCAAAGAGAAGCAGGUGCAGCCGGGAGUCCAGGAACAAGUAAGUUUAUUCUCCUCGAGGUGUGCUAGGAAUCUUUUAUGGAUUUUAAUUGUUGAAAGUGUCUUUGUUCCGCCAAAACAAAAGGCCCCUGGACCAGAUUACAAAGGUCAUUGAUGCUAUCGGUCCCCGCCUGUGGCUUGCAAUAUAAAAGACACUGCACAAAAGGAAAAGGAAUUCGGAGGGAGAAGGAAAAAAAGCCAGAUCCAAGGCUUACACUAUUUAAAGAAAGAGAGAGUGAUGACAUUUGGAAUACAUAUAUAUAUAUAUAUAUAUAUAUAUAGGGGGGAGGGGGUGCUAAGCACAAAAUUCCUCUUGCCAGGUGUCUGGGCUAAUCUCUUGUAAGCAGCCUUUUGAAAUUAGGCCUCAGGCUAUCCAACUUGUUGCACUGCUUUCCCCUGGGGAAAAUCACUCUUAGGCUCUCAAUCAGAGCAAGCUGCAGCUCUGGUUUUCUCUGGAUUGAUGUUUGCUCCAGUUUAGCACUAAAGCUUGGGUUUUCCCUGGGAAAGGAUCGGGGCGAGAGGAAAACGGCUCUGACCCAGGUCUAGAAAGUGCAAAUCAAGCAGGGGGCAAGCGGAAGUGUGGGUGAGCUCUUAGCGGUGUCUGUUUUCAUGGGUGAUUCUCUGUCUGCAGCUGGAGGCCUCUCUUGCCCAGCUUCAGCAGGAAAACCUGGACCUGCGCAAGGAGCUGGCUACCUGGGAGGCCUGGCACCAGAAAAGAGGAGAGGAGGACACCAUUGGCCCCUGUGAACUGGCUGGCUCAGGAAAUGGCAGAGAAGCAGCCGAGACGGCAGAUGGUAAGGGGGGGGGGCAUAGACUAUAGGGGGGGAGAGAAUCCAAACUGGGCGCGGAAGAGAAGAGGAAUAUAGUGGUACUUCGGGUUAAGAACUUAAUUUGUUCUUAACCUGAAACUGUUCUUAACCUGAGGUACCACUUUAGCUAAUGGGGCCUCCUGCUGCUGCUGCUGCUGCUGCACUGCCACUGCACGAUUUCUGUUCUCAUCCUGAAGCAAAGUUCUUAACCCGAGGUAAUAUUUCUGGGUUAGCGGAGUCUGUAACCUGAAGUGUCUGUAACCCGAGGUACCACUGUACCUUGUUUCGUGCACUGGGAAAUCAUCAGCAGCAUACAUUAAGUACUAUGAUGUCACUUUAUACAGCCAUGGCUCCCCCCCCCAAAAAAAAUCCUGUUGUCAAGGUUGCUGAGAGACUAUUCCCCUCAGAGCUCCGGUUCUCUGAGUACUUUCCAGGGAACUCUGGGAAUUGUGGCUCUGUGAGGGGACUAGGGUUCUCAGCUCUCAGGACCCAUAACAAACUACAUUUCCCAGGAUUCCUUGGAGGAACAUGGAGCCAAAUAUUUCCCUUUUUUUUGAAAUAGCAAUGUUUUUCCUUUUAGCACAGGAAGGUCAUGGGGGAAACCAGACAUCUCUUCUUUUGUCAUCGCACUGUCCUUAGGUUGCAAGCACACCUUACAUUUAGAACACACAGCCCCCCCAAUAACCCCAAUUUGCUAAGGGUGCUGGGAAUGGUAACUGUGAGGGGCAAACUACAACUCCCAGGACGGUUGGGUAGGGUGCUUUAAAUAUCUGGUGUAUAUGUACCCUAAUUCAAGGUCUCUGUGUCUUGCAGUUCCUGAAGCUUCCCAGAAAAGAGAGCCCUUGUCUCAGGGGAGCCGACGAAAUGUCCAGACCCAAACUGAGGGACCAGAGUGUGGCCAUCGGCGCAGGGAACGUGUCUCUGUGGCCUUUGAUGACACUCAGUAUGAACCCUACGGGCUCCCUGAAGUGGUCAUGAAAGGUAUGUGGGAAAUUGGGAAGAGAAAAAGGAAGCACCACAAGGCCAUCAGUGGUGUCAUGAGGUGAGUUUAGAGUCUGGACUUAAUGGGCUUACGGUGGAAACCCUUUUUUUGAUGGUUUUAUAUAUAUAUAUAUAUAACUUUAAAUAAGGUUAGCAGCAAGCCUGGUUACUCUCGGAGGGCCCCCCCUUGUUUAUCUGCUCAGUGAGGCCCCGGGCAUCUGCCCCAAAGUCCUGUUCUGAGCUGCCACUGCUUGACAUCGGCCCUUUGAGGAGGCUUUUUGUAGCAGACUGGCCCAAUUAAACAGACCACAUUUAUAUCACUAUGAUGCCACUUUAAACAGCCAUGGCUCCCCACAAAGAAUCAUGGGAACUGUAGUUUGCUAAGAGUGCUGAGAGCUUUUUCCCUUCACAGAGCCAGAAUUCUGAGAGUUCCCAGUGAAGAGAGAUGGAUUGUUACACCACUCUGAGAACGGCAGCUUUGUGAGGGGAGUUAGUGGUCUCCUAAUAGCUCUCAGCACCCUUAACAAGCAAUAGCUCCCAUAAUUCUUUGGGGGAGCCCGUAGCUGUUAAAGCAGUAUAAUAGUGCUUUAAAUCAGAGGCGGAUUUAAGGCAGCACAACCGGUUCCACUGCACUGGGAGCCGAGCCUAGCUGGCGCCACAACUAUGACGUAAUGAAUGGAGCAGAACAAAAAUGCAGCCAGAAAUACGGUUAGAAUGUAUAUAAUAAUAAUAAUAAUAAUAAUAAUAAUAAUAAUAAUAAUAAUAAAUUUUAUUUAUAUCCCGCCCUCCCCAGCCGAAGCCGGACUCAGGGCGGCUAACAACAAUCAAAUAAUCAAACAAUCAAAUAAUCCAACAUUCUAAAACAUUUCAUUAUAAAAAUUAAUUAAAAUCAAAUUAAUGGCAACCGUUAAGCAAAGUUCUGUGCAGGUUGCCAGAGGAGAGAGUCAGGCUGGGCCCUGACCAAAGGCCUGGUGGAACAACUCUGUCUUGCAGGCCUUGCGGAAAGAUGUCAGGUCCCGCAGGGCCCUAGUCUCUUGUGACAGAGCGUUCCACCAGAUUGGAGCCGCAGCCGAGAAAGCCCUGGCUCUAGUUGAGGCCAGCCUAACCUCUCUGAGGCCUGGGACCUUCAGGAUGUUUUUAUUUGCAGACCGUAGGUUCCUCUGUGGGGCAGGCGGUCCCGUAGGUACGAGGGUCCUAGGCCGUAUAGGGCUUUAAAGGUUAAAACCAGCACCUUAAACCUGAUCCUGUACUCCACCAGGAGCCAGUGCAGCUGGUAUAGUACCGGAUGAAUGUGAUCUCGCAGCGAAGACCCCAUAAGGAGUCUCGCCGCGGCAUUCUGCACCCGCUGGAGUUUCUGGGUCAGUCUCAAGGGCAGCCCCACGUAGAGCGAGUUACAAUAAUCCAGUCUGGAGGUGACCGUCACAUGAAUCACAGUGGCUAGGUCAGGGCGAGAGAGAUAAGGGGCCAACUGCUUAGCUUGGCGGAGAUGAAAAAAUGCCGCCUUUGUUAUAGCUGUAAUCUGCGCCUCCAUAGAGAGGGAGGUAUCGAAGAUUACACCCAAACUCUUAACGGACGGUGCUGGCACUAAUUGCACCCCGCAAGAGAUGGGAGUUGCCCCCAAUCCCAUAUCGUCCCGUCCCAGCCAGAGGACCUCUGUCUUCGAAGGAUUUAACUUCAACCGGCUUCCACGUAACCAUCCAGCCACAGCUUCCAAACAUCUGGUCAGUGUGUCUGGGGCCGAGUCAGGAUGGCCAUCCAUCAACAGAUAGAGUUGGGUGUCAUCGGCAUACUGAUGGCAACCCAGCGCAAAACUCCGGACAAGCUGGGCGAGGGGGCGCAUAAAGAUGUUAAAAAGCAAAAAUGUUUGUUUAACGGGAAAGUGCAUUGAAGAGCAUGGGAUGGUGCUAUUUUAGGGGGAAUGCAUACGAUAGUUUGCAUGCAAACUUUUCAGGUGAAAGGAGAUUCUUUUCAACUUGAAAACAUAGCAGAAAGGACACCCCCACCACUGUGUCUGCUUUAGCAAAUCUGGCCUCGUUUCUCCCCUGCAGGUUUUGCUGACAUCCCAUCCGGUCCCUCUUGCCCAUACGUUCUCCGCCGGGGCAUUUUGGGAAGUGCCCCCGUUGCCCAGCUGGCCCCACGAGCAGAACCCGAAGAGGAUUCCCCUGAGGCAGAGGAGGGGACGGGCGUCUGA